CUUAUACAUUUUUUUUGUUGCCUAUAAUGUAUCUUUUGAUAGUAAAGGUUGCUGACCCCUGCUCUAGAGAGAGAGAAACAAAUCUGUUUGCAACUCUCCUCCUAGUGUCCAUAUUUCCCACCGCCCCUGAACGGAGCAGCAGGCUGACUGGCUCUGUGAAGAUGGCGGACUGUCUACGUGUUCCUCUGCUCCUGCUCUUCAUGUGCAUCUUGUCGUCUUUGCAACCAAUUCGAGGACAAAACAACGUUAUCGCCAAACUAGCCAGUAAUGCUGAAAUCCCACAGAAUCCAGCCGGAGGUCCUGGACCGGCUGUGGUGAACCCGGUAGCCGCUGAGAAGAGCCUGGUCGCCGGGGCCUCGCUGCCUCGGAGGCGCUCUACCGGCUGGAAGUUGUCUGAGGAGGCGGUGUGCAGAGAGGACCUGACGCGGCUCUGCCCCAGACACUCCUGGAACAACAACCUGGCGGUGCUGGAGUGUCUACAGGACAGGAAAGAGGAAACUGAGAUUGCAGCCGAAUGCAACCAUCUGCUCUGGAACUACAAGCUGAACCUGACCACCGACCCAAAGUUUGAGUCUGUCGCCGUGGAGGUCUGCAAGACCACCAUCACUGAGGUUAAAGAAUGUGCGGCGGAAGAGCUGGGGAAGGGCUACCUGGUGUCCUGCCUGGUGGACCACCGCGGCAACAUCAGCGACUACCAGUGCAACCAGUACAUCACCAAGAUGACCACCAUCGUCUUCAGCGACUACCGGCUGAUCUGCGGCUUCAUGGACAAGUGUCGCGAGGACAUCAACACGCUGCGCUGCGGCAGCAUCAGCACCGGAGAGAAGGACAUUCACUCCCAGGGUGAGGUGAUCGCCUGUCUGGAGAAGGCUCUGGUGCGGGAGGCCGAGGAGCAGCCGGGGGCGCACCCCAUCAAGGACGAAUGUAAGAAGUCCAUCAUGAGAGUUGCCGAGCUCUCCUCAGACGACUUCCACCUGGACCGCUACCUCUACUUCGCCUGCCGCGAGGACCGAGAGCGCUUCUGUGAAAGCACAAUGGCCGGAGAGGGACGAGUUUACAAAUGUCUCUUCAAUCACAAGUUUGAGGAGGCGAUGACUGAGAGGUGCCGCGAGGCGUUGACCACCAGGCAGAAGCUGAUCGCUCAGGACUACAAGGUGAGCUACUCGCUGGCCAAAGCUUGCAAGUCGGACCUGAGGAAGUACCGCUGCAGCGCCGACAGCAACAUGCCCCGAGCCCGAGAGGCUCGCCUGUCCUACCUGUUGCUCUGUCUGGAGUCGGCCGUACACCGAGGUCGUGUGGUCAGUGGCGAGUGUCAGGGCGAGAUGAUGGACUACAGGCGGAUGCUGAUGGAGGAUUUCUCUCUGAGUCCAGAGAUCGUGCUCCACUGUCGGAGCGAGAUCGAGGGUCACUGCUCCGGUCUGCAUCGCAAAGGACGGACGCUGCACUGCCUGAUGAGGGUCGGCCGAGGAGACAUGGGAGCCAUCGAUCCCAACUGUCAGCGGGCGCUCCAGACUCUGAUCCAGGAAGCCGACCCCGGAGCUGAUUACCGCAUCGACCGGGCGCUCAACGAGGCCUGCGAGUCCGUCAUCCAGACCGCCUGCAAACACAUCCGCAGCGGAGAUCCCAUGAUUCUGUCAUGUCUGAUGGAGCAUCUGUACACAGAGAAGAUGGUGGAGGACUGUGAACACAGACUGCUGGAGCUGCAGUACUUUAUCGCCAGAGACUGGAAGUUGGAUCCCAUCUUGUAUAAGAAAUGUCAGGGCGACGCUGCCCGGCUCUGCCACACUCACGGCUGGAACGAGACCAGCGAGAUGAUGCCCCCCGGCGCCAUUUUCUCCUGCCUGUACCGCCACGCCUACCGCUCUGUGGAGCAGGGACGGAGGCUCCUCAGUGGGGAGUCUGAAGCAGAGAACCAGGGUUUCACUCUCUCCAGGGACUGUAAGGUGGAGGUGCAGAGGAUCCUCCACCAGAGGGCGCUGGACGUGAAGCUGGACCCGGAGCUCCAGAGACGAUGUAUGACCGACCUGGGGAAGUGGUGCAGCGAGAAGACGGAAGCCGGACAGGAGCUGGAGUGUCUGCAGGAUCACCUGGAGGAUCUAGUGUCCGACUGCAGAGACGUGGUGGGGAACCUGACGGAGCUGGAGUCUGAGGAUAUUCAGAUCGAGGCGCUGUUGAUGCAGGCAUGUGAACCCGUCAUCCAGAUCUACUGCCAUGAGGUGGCUGAUAACCAGAUCAACACCGGCGAUCUGAUGGAGUGUUUGGUUCAGAACAAACACCAGAAGGAGAUGAAUGAGAAGUGUGCGGUGGGAGUGACACACUUCCAGCUGAUUCAGAUCAAAGACUUCCGUUUCUCCUACAAGUUCAAGACGGCCUGCAAGGAGGACGUCCUCAAACUGUGUCCCAAUAUCAAGAAGAAGGUGGAUGUUGUGAUCUGCCUCAGCACCACGGUGAGGAACGACACCCUGCAGGACGCCAAGGAGCAGCGAGUGUCCAUCAAAUGUCGUAAACAGCUGCGGGUCGAGGAGGUGGAGAUGUCAGAGGACAUCCGCCUGGAGCCGGAGCUGUACGACUCCUGUAAGCAGGACAUCAACCGACUGUGUCAGAACGUGGCCUUCGGCAACGCACAGGUCAUCGAGUGUCUGAAGGAGAACAAGCGUCAGCUGACUCAGCGUUGCCACCAGCGGAUCUUCAAGCUGCAGGAGGUGGAGAUGGUUGAUCCUGAACUGGACUACCAGCUGAUGAGAGUCUGCAAGCACAUGAUUAGGCGGUUCUGUACGGAGUCGGAGGGAAAGAACACUCUUCAGUGUCUGAAACAGAACAAGAACAGCGAGCUGAUGGAUCCUAAAUGCAAACAGAUGAUCACCAAGAGACAGAUCACCCAGAACACAGACUACAGGCUGAAUCCGGUGCUGAGGAAAGCCUGUAAAGCCGACAUCCCAAAGUUCUGUCAGCCCAUCCUGAACAAGGCGACGGCCGACAGUGAGCUGGAGGGUCAGGUCAUCGGCUGCCUCAAACUCAAAUACGCCGACCAGCGUUUGUCUCCAGACUGCGAGGCCCAGAUCCAGGUCAUCCUGCAGGAGUCGGCGCUGGACUACCGACUGGACCCUCAGCUGCAGAUCCACUGCACACAAGAGAUUUCCAGGCUGUGUCCGGAGGAAGCAGCAGCUCAGGAGCAGACGGGGCAGGUGGAGGAGUGUCUGAAGGUCAACCUGCUGAAGAUCAAACAGGACGGAUGUAAGAAGGAGGUGUUGAACAUGCUGAAGGAGAGUAAGGCGGACAUCUUUGUCGACCCCGUCCUCCACACUGCCUGCGCUCUGGACAUCAAACAUCAAUGUGCAGCCAUCCCACCUGGCAGAGGGCGCCAGAUGUCGUGUCUGAUGGAAGCGCUGCAGGACAAACGUGUUCGUCUGCAGCCAGAGUGCAAGAAGAGACUUCAGGAUCGCAUCGACAUGUGGAGCUACGCCGCCAAGGUGGCUCCUGCUGAGGGCUUCUCAGACCUGGCCAUGCAGGUGAUGACAUCACCAUCCAAGAACUACAUCCUGACUGUGAUUGGUGCGGGCGUGGCGGUGCUCUUCAUGAUGGGGCUGCUCUGCGGCCGAUUCACCAAACGCGUCACGCAGGAGCUGAAGGACAGGUAGACCCCGCCCACUCCGGGGUCAGGACACACCCACGGAAGAAACGACCACCGCUGAAAAAAGAACCACGCCCCCUCAUUUACCUGCUCUCCGCCACCGCCACCCGACUUCAACUCUCUUUGCCUCAUCGCUGGAAUGACAUUACCCACAAUCCUGCAAACGACAGUGGGCUUGAUCAGUGACUCACCUGCUCUUCCUCUACACGAGCCCCUCCCACUCUCCAGGAGGCCACGCCCCCUGUCGCCGCUUCUUCUUCUUCUCUUCCUGAGCUUCGAUACAGAGCCCCGGGUCCUCCUGCAGUUUUACUCCACUCUCCCCUGAUGUAGAUGCAGUAUUACUCCACUUUUUUUUCUUUCCUCCUCCCCCCUUCGCUGUCGGGUGAGAAGAGGGAGGAGGAGGGGUGGGGGUUGUAAGGAUAUGGGGUCAAAGGUCAAGAUAUGGGGGCGAAGGAGGUUAAUGACAUCAUAUUAAGUGUAAAUGUGUAGAAAGUGGGAUGGGAAAUGCUCAUGUAUAGAGCAGUUUAAUGACUCCAGUAUUUUAAUGACUACAGUGUGUUGUGUGUAUGAUAGUGUGUGUGCGUGUGUGCGUGUGUGUGUGAUUGAAACGGUCUUUCUACCACCAUAUUGUUCUAGUAUGUCCUCCUGCUAAAGGGUUUUUUUCGGGGUUGUUUUCGCUCUGGAUAUAUCUUCUUUUUUUUUUGCUGAUGUGUGUUAGUUAGAUUUUAUCGCCAUGGGACUGCCAGGCGGGUGGUGCCAACCAGCGAGCCCUCCACCGAGCCACAAAUGAGAUAAAGAAGACGCAUCACAAACACUCCCAACCGGCUCGCUCAACGCUCUUUUUACAGGAAUUAUUUGUGGAUAUUUUUAUUUUUUUCUUCUUUCUGAAACAGCAGACCUGGCAACCUCAGCUCUCCUAUAAUGCAGUCCGAUUUUUUUUUUGAUUUCUUUUUUUUUUUUAUUAUUGUUUUUCAUUUUUUUCCAGCCCAACCUGUGCCAUAAACGCACCACUUGCUGCUCCCAGUUUACCGCUCCAGCAGCUGGUUGGAACGCUUGUUUGGCAUCACGCUCCGGUCUCCUGAGUCAAGAGUGAUCCCAGUCUGAUCCAGAACUGGGAGCUAUUUUUUUUUUUUUUUUUCCCCAGUCAUGAACUCGCUGAGCGGCUGUUGGUAUCGUGCCGGUUGGUACAGAAAAGCUGAGAGCAAUGCAGGAAAAAAAAAAAAGCAGAAUAAAGAAAAGAUUCUAGAUUAUUAUAGAGAUGUGAACAUUUUUGUGUAAAGAUGAUACUGGAAUCAUUGCACAGUUUUCGUUCUUUUUUUUUUAUAUCUAUAAAUAUAUAUAUAUUGUUUUGUCAUAGCCUUAUUUAUUUGUUUACUAAUGUUUUGUUUUUUUCUAUGAUUUUAAUGUUCUCUGGUUGCCUUUUCUCCAGCAAGCGAGCGUCCCUCCUUCCUGCGAGGAGGAUGAGGAUAUGGGGGAGGAUGCAGGCGGCGAAGGUUUGGCGUCCUCCGGGCAUCAACCUGCUCCACGGUGUGACAGUGAAUGCCUCUCUGGCGAGCAGAGAGAGUUCUUAGAAGAUGGCAAGAUGACGCUUUGUUCCAGAUCAGACAUGUAAUCUGAGAACGAAGUAGUAGUGCAUCGGUGCAUCGAUAUCUUUAAUGUGAUGGGGAUGACCACUGGUGCGUUUAUGCACCAUUAAAGCCGAUCAGUAAAUAUGAACAGGAAGAUGGUUCAUUUCACGUAGCUACGUCGGUUGGACAAGUUCGGAAAACAGUUUAAUUUAAAGGUGCAGUGUGUAAGAUUUGGUGGCAUCUAGCGGGGAGGUUGAAGAUUGUAACCAACUGAAACUUCUCCCGUGUGCAGGAGUACUACGGUGAACCACGCAAAAACGCGAAUGUCUCUCUCUAGAGUCAGUGUUUGGUUUGUCCGUUCUGGGUUAUUGUAGAACCAUGGCGGCCGGCUCCGUGGAGAGAACCCGCUCCCCAUGUAGAUAUAAACGGUUCAUUCUAAGCUAACAAAAACACAACGACUGUUAUUUUCAGGUGAUUAUACACUAAAGAAAACAUACUUAUUAAUAUUAUAUUCCAUUUCUGGCAAUAGAUCCCCCUAAUUGUUGCACACUGGUCCUUGUCCUCAUGUACAGACUACAUGACGUACACAUGACACGCCAAAAGCAACAAAGGCGUUGUUAUUGCACGUGAAAUUACUUACAAAUUAUAGUAGCAUUCAUACACCGUUUGGUGAGACCGGGCCGUGUCUCAUGUUGUCUCAUAUCACAAAUCGUCUUUGUAGUUUCUUUCUGCUUCGUCACAUCAGUGCCGACUAAAUGACGUGAGCAGAGGAAAGAGAAACACGCACAAAACAAAGAGCAGAACAAGACUCAGUCCAAAUCGAGUAUAUGUGUCUGAACUGUGUUCGGUCAGUCUGUGAAUUUGUGGCUGAAUUGUUCUACUAAUAGUCAGUGGUUAUGUCUAUAACGUUAAAUCCAGCGGUACAUGUCCACCAGGUCCGGCGUGGACACUAGGAGACGCGCUUCUCCACCCAUAUGGCCGUUCAAGCGGUGACGUUGAAUGCACCUGAUUGGUCCCUGGUUCUCUGCUCACUGUUUCAAACAGGAAACAACAUGGCGGCCUGCUCGUAAACCAUUGUUAUUCCGUCUAAACAAUCCACCAAAAUCUACUUCUGAUAUAGAGGAAGAUGCUUUGUCACUGCUGAAUCUGGUUUCAUUUUAGAACUAGAUCGCCUAGUUUGAUAGUUUGGUCCAAGUUUUGUGAGCCGGACGCGUCACGUUGGACGGACUCAUUUGCGUAAAGGACUGUUCCCGCCUUUUCAUUUUGAAAGGCCAAUGAGGAAACUCCAACACUCGGCCGACCAAUCGUGUAACUUUUGCGUUUGUACGGCUGACCCGCUGCAGUCCAGACAAAAUCCAAAAAUGGACGACAAACUUAAGAAGCGUUACAACAUGAUUUAAGCUCAAAGGUUUUUGUGGGGGGACGGGGCUUGGACUGCAUCUCGCGGUCUUCUUCAGUGUUUGAUUUCUGUGAUUUAAACAUAGCGGACUUGUUUCUGGAUCUGGUCUCUCUGAUGUGCUUCUGCUCAGCCUGCAGGUUGAUGCCGGAGGAAGAAGGCGGUCAAGGUUUUUGGUGUAGUCGUCGGAGAGUCGCGGUGUUGUCGAGCUUUUUGGUCUCGGUGCGUCUGAGCGAUUUCGCCAACUGUAGAAACACAGAUCUGUCCUCUCCCAGCUCGAGCCGAUCUCGUGUACAUGUGUACUAUACUGAGUGAUGACAUACUGUAAACUACGUACCGUGCAGUUAGCCUGUACUGUUUAUUUUUUCUAGCUUGGUGUGGUGAGCGCUGCCCUCCCUGCUUGUAAAUGAGACGUCCUGAUUCGUUGAACUGCCUUCACUUCUUUUUUCUCCAUCUGACGUCGGGUUUUAUCAAAGCGUGCCUACUCGCCAUCCCACCGAGGGAUCCCGCUGUACAGAACAUCCCAGAACCCCCUGCAGCACCCGGCCGAGGAGCGUGUGGGCAUGUGAGUGAGUGAUGGAUGACAUGUCUGUGUGUGUUUGUGUGUGUGAGUGUGUGUUGCCCACAGAUUCUGGACUGCGAGUGCGAUCUCCGAUCAGUUCUUCGCCGUUCUCGUCCCGAGCGAUGACGACUAGAACAUUUCUUGAUUUUAAGUUUGUAAUGAUACAGAUCUUUUUGUAAACAAUGUUUUGUGUCUGACUCCAUGGAGCUCCUGAUCAUCUGAUUUAUUUUGUUCCCCCCUGUCCACUUUUCUUUAUUUGAUUUCUUUUGUUGUUCUGUACAGAUGAAAAUUGGACAGUUUGUUAAUAAUAAUAAAGUCUGCAAGGUUUCUA